GAGGGUAUUUUGAUAAAGAUGUUGGUUUGCUAGGCUGCGGCUAAAGCUAACUGUAAGUAAUGUGUGUUUUAAUAAUCAGAGAACUGAGCAGCUUCAUGUCCUGAAGUUUAAUCGCCAAGUUAACCGAACGACUGCGCUUGGUGCCACAGUCAGCUGUCAGUCAGCCGCUCAGAAGAAACCAGGAAACUCUGAGUUCUUCCCUGAAGUCUGAAGUCGAUCACUGAGAGGAGUCACAUGAAGGCAGACACGAUGAGCACUUUAAUCAGGUUUCUCACGUCUACACUUCAGACCUGCUUCCUCUGAGCGUCCUGCAGGUCUGACGGAGCGACAUGGAGCGCAGCAGCCAGGACUGGAUGUCCGCUUUACCCGAGGAGCUGUGGGACGUUCCCCUCACAGACCUGGCCAUACCUGGGAGCCAUGAUGCUAUGAGCUACUGUCUGGACAUAAACUCCCCCCUGCUCAGGUCUGAGUCUGACUUUUUCCGGGUCCUGGAUGGACUUUUUUACUGCUUCACAAGGCCGAUCAUUUUCAAAUGGGCUACCACGCAGGACAAAAGCAUCGAGGAGCAGCUGUCGAUGGGGAUUCGCUACUUUGAUCUUCGUGUUGCACAUAAACCCAGUGAUUCAUCCAGUGACCUGUACUUCACACACGUCAUAUACACACACUUAACAGUUAUGGAAACACUUGUGUCUGUUGCCUCCUGGCUGAAGUCUCACCCAAAGGAGGUUGUCAUCCUCGCUUGCAGCCAUUUGGAGGGAAUGGACGACGCACGCCAUGAAUCGUUCAUUUACUCCCUGAAGAACCUGUUUGGCUCCAAACUGUGUCCGCGGAAGGAAUCGGUCCUGACCUUGAGGAGUCUGUGGGCAUCUGGUUACCAGGUCAUCCUGUCCUACGACUCCCAGGUUGCAGCGAGACAUGAGGAGCUGUGGCUCGCCAUCCCUUACUGGUGGGCCAACCAGCAAACGGCACAAGGAGUGAUCAGUUACUUGGACUGGAACAAAGAGCUGGGACGUCCCGAGGGUUUUUUCGUCUCUGGCCUGAACCUGACAGCUGAUAGGGGUUACAUCGCUAAGAACCGGAAGGAAUCCCUGCGGACGUUGACUUACAGCAACUGGGACAGUUUGAGCAAAUGGGUGGAGGAGCAGAUACCUGGAUCGGACCCCAAAAGCCUCAACAUCAUCGCAGGGGACUUCGUCGGGCCGCUUCCGCUCUGCUCUCAAGUGAUCGCACUAAACCACAAACUGCGACGGAAGAAUUCCAGCCAGAUAAAGAAGCAAUAUUAGCCACGACUCUAAAAGCCACAUUUUACCUCAUUUUAUGUUUACUCAGCUUCUCUCAAUUUAUAUAAAAUUUAAUCAUCACAGUUUUAACAGAAAAACCUGCAGUUUCUGUAUUUCUUACACUUAGUUUAUAUUUUUUUUAAUCUAAAUCUAUUAUGUGCAAUCAGUAUAUGUUUACAAGAAAAAAAAAAACUUAAACUGUUACAAAUUUGUAUCUUUAGAUAUUUUAUUAUGCUGUACAAUAAUAAAUUCUUUUCUUAUGGA